UUGGUGUUAACACCACCUAGGGUGUGGACAAGGAGGGAUGACCAGAACUUUUUCCUAGUCUGGGCCCCUCCAACAAUUUAUAAGAGUAGCAGCAGCAGCAAGGACCAAUCAUGCUGUUGAUAUCAUGAUCAAAAUGACAUUUAUAUUCAUUUGGCAUACGCUUUUAUCCAAUUAAUUUGUAUUGAAUUCUUAUAUAUUUAAUUCUUUAAUUAAUUAUCAUCAUCAUCUCCCUUUCUCUCAUAGGGGUCAUGUAUGUUAUGUGGCUAUAUUCCUUGAUUCAGUGUGUAAUAGCAGUGCUGGUGAUGGGAGUGAGUGUGCGGUUGUGCUUGGCUGCUGGUUCUGCUGCAGCUGGGGCAGGAACUAGAAAGUGGAGCACAUCUGCAUGCCUGAAACUUUGCCUCGGCUUGGUUGGGUCAGUGGGCAGUAUUGUGGUCGCUCCUGUGUCUGUGCUAUUAAACCUGAGGAGUUCCCAGUGCCUGUACACCUGUAUCGCCAUGGUCUCCUGCCCCCUACUGGUCAGGCAGUUCACUGUGUGCCUUCUGCUUCUACUCACCCUUAACACACACCUGCAGUGCCGCCUGGGGAACAGAUAUGCAGGCUUAGUGACUCGCAGGCGGGUUUUGUGCUCGGUGCUGCUCUGCUGGGUCAUUUCGGUGAUCACCGCCUUCGGCCAGUUCAUCAUUUCCAACUCUUCUGAUGCUUGGGGAAUUUCUGAGAACGACGAUACAGCUGGACUCGGGAUGGAUGAAUGGCCUGAAGAAAAUUACACCACCCCCGCCCUCCCUCCCAAACGGCCCUACCCCCAGGAUCGCUCUGUAAUCGGCCAAUUCUUGCCUUAUGGAGGUUUUCUAUCCAAGUUUCUGGUGGAGGACAAGGAGAACUUUACUUAUGCAGAGAUCCACGGCAGCCACUGGGGCGUCUGUGCCACCGACACCGUGCUCAGUCCGGUGUUCCUUGUGUAUGUUUACGCUAUCACCGUGUUUGUUAUUCCCCUGUUGGUUCUGUUGGCCGUGUAUCUGGACUUGAUGUGCUUCAUGCCACAGCAGGUUCCUGCGAGCUCCUCAUUUUCUCAGAAACAAAGCUCAGUGUGGUCUCGCUCCUUGGCUCUUUCCGUUUCUCUCCUGGUAAUGCUUUGCCUGCCCCUGCACAUCACCCACGCUUUGUUACUCUUCGCCCCGAGUGCCACUAGACCCGACUGGACCUCUCUGACAGCCUCUGUUCUUUUCCAGACGUAUAGCGUAGUGCCCCCACUCCUCUUCACCAACACCUCUCAGCAGCCAGGCAUGGAGUGCUCCUUGUUAUCCGUACCCAACCUGACCUCAAGGGUUAUCACCUCUCGAGUCAAAUCUGUGGGGAGUGCUUUCAGUUCAGUGGAAGAUUACGGUCACCCUGGGCCAACACCGAAAGGCAAAGGACCUCCAGGGAUAUGAAGAGGGCACUGAAAGUUAUCUGUAGAGUCCUUGCAUGGGUAAUGUGUAAUUAUAUUCAGC